UGUUUGAGAAGGCGACUUUUGUGUGCACACGUCUAUCAGAGGGUAGUGGCGUUUGAUUUCACAUUCCCGCCCCUGUGCCUUUUACUAAAAAAAUCAGGAAAGUGUUUUCGUUUUGACAGAGCCAACCAUUUCGAAACUUGGCCAUUAUUCUUUAGCAUAAAGUCCCAAGAGGGUCCUGAGCAGGAAAAAAGGAGAAAUUACUGUAACAAGAGGCUGAACGCACUGUGUAGAGGAACCAACUAUGACGGGAAGACUUGGCUCUUAAUAUACAACGAUUUGGGAGCGAGGACUUCACUCCAGCCAGACAAAAUAAACUUUUUUUUCCCGAUCGCUGCACACAAAUUAAUACAAGCCUCGCUUCGAAACCGGAACGAUUGGAGAGUUUGGAUUCCAAUUUACGUCUCCUACGAAGUAAACGUCUAGGAAUUCGACUUAUAUUAAGAAAAUGGACUCCGAAGCUGUCCCUAAAAGCCCUAAACGUGCUAAGGUUUCGGAUGAAGAAAGUGAAGAAUCCACUAUCGAGAACCUAAAUUCACGCAAUACAGAGUCGAGUGGGACUUCCGCAGAUUCGACGACUCCAGACUCCGAACCAGAACAAAAACCAGAAAAAAGUGAAGAAGAGGUAGUGGUCAUAUCAUCUGAUGACGAUUCUGAUAAAGAUGCAGCCAAAACAAAACCAGAAGACACAAUAAAGGAGGAAGAUGAGGAUACUUUAACAGGGAAACCCAUGACAACCGGUGUACGGUCCAUGGAAACAGAUAUAAAUGACGAUAAGAAUGAUAAUACAACUAGAGUAGAUGGAGAUUCAAAGUCAAAACUACAACUUUCUGAUAAAAACGAGGAUCUAAAAACUGAAUCCCAAACAUUGGAUGAAAAGCUUUCAGAGAAAAGCCCUGCUUCUGAUUCUUCUGGUGAAUGUAUCUCGCAGGAAGAUUUACUUGCACAUUUAGGUUUAGGUUCCGUACGAGCACUUGCAAACCCGAAGCCCAAUAAGGAAGAGAAGAUUUCAAAUGGAGUGUUGUCAGAGCGUAAGCCUCUGAUUCCUCAUAAACCCAAAGAAAGUAUUGUAGAUCUCCUACGGGCGCCCAAAUUAAAGAGCCACGAGGAAAAGCCGAAAGUUAACGGAGAAGCACCAAUCACAGUUGUUAAUGGUGUUAGUGAUGAUGAUGAUUCUACACCAGGAACACCCAGUGAGGCAGAUGAUGAUGAUGAACUCCUGGCAAAAGAGCAGCUUAUUGAGGAACUGCGACAAGAGCUUAGAAAUGAAGAAGCCAAGCUGCUUCUACUGAAGAAGAUUCAAGCAGCUCAGAAUGAUCCAAAGAGUACGACCAAGUUUGUGAAAGAGAAGGAAAACGAGAAGCUCCUUACUUCAGGUGUGCAGUACUCAUCUGGAGGUAAAUCUGGUAGUAACCAGUUGUCUAUGAAGAAGAGUCAGUCACUGCCUCCUCCACCGCCUCUCAAAACUCAUAUAUCUACAACAGGGACCUACCAACCUCCAGUUGCAAUCCAACCCAAACUUCUUCCCAAAAUGGGCAAUGUUCAGUCUCUUCACGGCUCUUCUUUAUCUUCUUCCAAGUCAGUAAACCAUAUGCAGCCGAGUUCCAAAUCCCCUUCUCGUUCAGGCUCUUCUGCUAUUAAAGAUCUUCAGAAUGUAAUCAGUUCAAUGAGUACGAGCCUGAUUCAUCCUACUCCUAUGUAUCCACGAGCUAGCUCUCAAGCCAGUGUUUAUACRACACACGCGCAGGCGGCGCCAGUACGUCCGACCCCAGUGCGUGCAAACAAUGUACCUGGAGCGACUGCAAGUAGUGGUUAUUUAUCGUUUCCUGCACAUAUUUCUACUAAGGCUUCUAGUUCUAGUCCUGCAGUGUCUACUGCCGGCAAACAGGCUGCGGCAAAAAUGGCCCUGCGCAAGCAGCUUGAGAAAACCCUUCUUCAAAUUCCUCCUCCAAAGCCUCCACCUGCGGAAUGGUCUUUCAUCCCCAGUCUGAACAGCAACGAGUUUAUGACUUUGGUUGGUUUUGAGAAAGUUGUCGAUGCGAUUUCUCUAAAGGAAAUCCCGAAGGCUAAAUCAUCUCCACCACUGACUGAGAAGCCACAGCAGGAGAACCCCAAAGUCUGUGGCCAGUGUGAUACAGACUUUACUCCUUGCUGGAAAACCAAGAACAAAGAUGGUGCAGAGGUACUGAUGUGUGAGAAGUGUAGCACCGUUAACGUCAAGAAGGAACUCAAGACAGAACAUACAGCGAGACUCAAGGCCGCUUUCCUAAAGGCCUUGAAACAAGAGCAAGAAAUUGAACAAAAGAUGGGUGAAACCACUCCCAUUGCUCCUAAGCCUCAGUCUUCCAARUCUUCAAGUCACUCUUCAUCAAGCAGUAGUAGCUCUCGACACCAUCAUAUCUCUCACCACCAAGGGGUUCUCCACCAUCGUCACCAACACGUCCAACCCGGAAUCUACCACCACCACCAACAACACCCUGACUCUCUACUCUACCAGCUGCAACAGCAACACAUACAACAGCAACAACAAGAAAUGGAGGUGGCUCGCCGACACGGAGAUGUACGGUGGCAUCCUUACACCCUAACGCAGCAUCAUCACUCCUCUCACAAACCCCAACACCAUCACAGUAUUGUCUCCGAUUCAGACAGGCAGUACCUGUUGGACAUGAUUCCUUCGCUACCCGCACAAUAUAGCUCAAGCAGAAUUUAGCAAUCUCUAGUUGUGAACAAAACAAGUAUAAAGUAUUAGAAACGUAGUUUAUUCGUCUUGAUUCGAGAUGUAGAUAUCCUAUCCUGAGUUGUCUAGCUCAUGUGUGGAGUAUAUAGUUUACAAAAAUGAAGAAUUUAAAAAAAGAGAGAAGUUUUGAAAUAUUCGACGUGGGACCUCGCAUUUUGGAGUACCAAUAUUUUGAUGGCUCACUAAACUUGUUCUGCAAAGAUGGAGUAGAUCUUCUGUCAGGUUUCUAUUCAAUUGUACAGUACAUUUGAUGGCUGAUCUUGAAGAUCAGAUCAAAUUUUGACGCAAAGCCUUCCUUCUUCUCAUCAACCUUUGCAUUGAUUGCUCGGUCUUGUACUUGUCAAAAAAAUGACAAAUAAUAUUACUCUUUGGUAGUGAGAGAAAAACCACAGUCUAUUAUCCUAUUCGCAGUGUCGUGUCUUAAAUCGAUCAACUAAAAAAUCAACAGGUACAUAGUUGAAAUAUUUAGCUAUCAACUCGUGAGAAAUUUUAAAGCACUUGAAAAGUUUUCGUAAUGACAUACAGCUAUUUCAAAACAGCCUGUCGAACUAAGGCUAUGUCACAUGUUGUAUAACAAGCUUCAAAUGUAUUUAUUAUUCGGGUGUAAAUAAUGUCAGCACAGAAGAAAAUAUGCCGGGAAAACGUGCAGAAAACGUUUGGAAAAAUUCCAUAUUGCUAUGACCGUUUGCUGAUUGCAUUCACAUCACCCAUAGUGCAUCUCGGGCUUGGUAUACAACCUACAACAAAAUCUUCACCAACCUUAUUUGAAAUAGMUGUAUAACCUCUAGACGCCAGGACUGGGUCAGUUCUCCCGAACCAGAUUAGUGCCAAUUUGGAUUAAUUAUUGCGCGAAUUGUUGAUUAGCUUACCCGGAUUCGCACUAAUCAGGCUUUAAACAACCUUUAGACCCUAGGGUUUUGGUACAGAUGGUUGGUACGAUGCCACUCGAGCAUGGGGUUGAAAGUUUAGUCUCUUUUUGGGUGGGGAUAAAGGAUGCACAGUCGAACGGAUCCGCGCGGUGAAGCGGACGUUGACGGCAAAUUAUUCCUUUGUCUAGUAGACGGAAGCCAAAACACAACAUGCCUUGUUUGGGGCUGUCUGGAAUUACGGAAACYAGAAAAGUGCUACAAACAGAUUUCUUAUGAGCGGAUCAUAAUAUAGAUGGUUUUGUAGCUCUGUGAUUGGYCUAGGCGGGAGACUAUUGAAAAGAUACCACUCAUGAAAUCAUGUUUCCUGUUUAUCCUAUUCUUCGAUUUGAAAAGGUCUACCCACGGUCCCUACUGAGUUCAUGAAAAGAUUCCCUACCGCUUGAAAAGCGAUUCUUACGAAAAACUAAAUUCAUGAAUCGGUUUUCAAAUAUUUUAUGAACGUCCUGAGAUUCAAGUGAAAGAGCUCCAGUACCGUUGGAAGACCCAUAGAGGUUUUGCACCAUAACGCGAUGGCAGUUACGAGAGGAGGCAUUGCAACAGUCUUUCCCCUGGAAAACUAAAUUCUUUCUAAGGAGGCACAACAAUAGUCUUUUCCCACUGGGAGACUGAAUUUUUUGUCGUAAAUCAGAUAAGACCAGAUUCCAUUGUUCCUGACUCAUGUUAUGGAAGCCAUCACGUGAUGGUGCAAAGCCUCUAUUAAACUUUUCAAAGACCUGGAAAAAUAAAGUCCACCUCUUGCCUUCCGUAUAAGGCUAUUAUCAGUAUUUCUUCUAUCGUGUUUGUUCUAUAGUUUCGGUACAUUUAGGUACUUUUUUUGUGAAGGACGACGUCGGAAUGCAACACSCCCAAAACAGGUUUCGCUCUAGCUUGGGGCAACACCAAAAUCCUCUUUUUCUUUGAUCCAUUAUUUAUUACUUAAAAAGAGAUUUAAAAUCAUAAUAUUGUAUUUGAACAAGUGUUCAGCAAGAAAUAAAAUGAAUUAAAGUUC